GAAAGACACUCCUCCUAUCAGGACGAGGCGGGCUCCAGGGCAGGUUACACACGCUGACGUAUCCCGACUAUACCCCGCUUUCUAACCCCACUCCGCCCGACUAGGCCUCCUUCAUUACUCCAGGUCGCUUCCACCUCCGUGUUCACAUUCCAGAUAAAAUGUAUCGAGAACAGAUACAGGAGUACGUAGAGGUCAGUCGGGAGAUUGUCAAGGUCAUUGUGUCAGACAGCGCUGCCGGCAUCUUAAAGAACUGUCAGGAGUCCAUGAUCGACUCUCUCAUAGAGACAGAGAGCCAGGUCUCGGAUCUCGUCAGAGAUUUUCUGUCCGUAGAAGAAGUAGUAGCGGAAACCUUUCUGAAAACGGAAGACGUUAAGAAGAAGACCUCCGGCAAGCUGCAGAAGAUUGAGCAGGAGCUGCAGGCUGCACGGGCCGAAAAUGCCACCCUGGAAAGCAGCAUUAAAUUCCUACAGAAGGAGCUUGAGGAGGUGAAACUCCUGGAAGAGGAAAUUGCAGAGGUGGAGAAGGAGGCUCAGGAGGACACUACCGUAGUCAUUCCCUCAGCACUGUACAUGGCAAAGCUGUUCCACUCCGUGACCAAGAUAGACUGGGAUUACAACUGUGACUCAACACUGAUCAAAGGCAUCCACUACGGGGGAAAGAUCGCCCAGCCCAUCAACAUUGACAGCUCACAGCACUCCAAGCUCUUCAUCUGCGAUUACCUGUGGAGCCUCUUGUCCACAGAAUGGUGACCGGACGCUGCCCUAUACACCUUAUUUAUACUGUGGACUGCAGGCUUUUUAUAUGUGUGUUGCUUUCAGACAUUUUAAAUUCUUUUACUUUUUUCUCUUUUGUAAAUAAAAUAUGUUUUCUUUCU